GGCGGCGCUACUGGAAAAAAAGCGGAGGCGGCGAGUAAAAGAAGACGGCGAAAUUGAGAACAAUGUCCGGCAAUUUAUUUCCUAAGUCCCCCCCAUAGAGGCUGUUCAUCUAGCCCCUCGUCCUAGUUUCUUUUUCUGCUACAAGGGACGAUUCGGGGACGAUGCCGCGACUCAAACGAGGGCCUCCGCUUUUAUGUGUUUUCACUUCUCCCUUCAGCGGCGGCGGCCGGUUCCGAUUUCUCCCGGCUGCAACGUAACGGCGCACCCUAGCGCCCUCGCUUACAACGAAGAAAGUGAAGGUCAACAGAACGCGCUCGCUCGCUCGUCGGAGCAGGUCGCGUCUUUUUUUCGGUCUGUCGGUCGGCUCGGUGGGUAGUUUUUACUUAGUCUUUCUUCUUGUCGAGGCGGCUGGUUGUGGUGUCUUUGUGAUCGCUUAUAAGCUUUUCUUGGUGACGUUCUCGCUUUGGGCGUUACGUACAAUCCGGCGUCAGAGGUCGAGACCGAGCGCUUCACUUCGUCAGGCAUCGUCGUCUCGUGCCGGUUCACUGUAAACAUUUCCGAACCGAACAUGGAUAUGGACGCUACCGAGGAGAGCGACCCUUGUCAUAGCCCAGGCCGGCUGGAAAUCUCCUUGGACUCUUCGAGCGGGGAGUCGUCAAGCUGCGAAGCACCGGCGUCGCCGAUGGAGGCGACACCGAUCAAACCGCCUCCGUCGCUGUCGGGGGCAAUCACGAGGAAGAGGAAGGCCAGCCGCAGAUUUGCCGCGUCACUCUCCAAGAGCCACGACUCUAGCUCCGGAGCGGACGCUGCCACCGGAAGUUCGCGGACUCCCCGGAAGCGGAAGUCGUACUCCGUCACGGAAAAGCUGGCCCUGGUAGCCGAAGUGGAGGCAGGACGAAAGAAGGUGGACAUAUGCCGUGAGUACGGCAUUUCGGCCUCGACGCUGGCGAGCAUCACCAAGAAUAAGGAGCAGUUCAUGGCGGCGUUCGAGGAGAGCCGGAUGAAGGCCAAGCGGCUCCGCAAGGCCACGCGCGAGGACCUGGACCGCGCUUUGCUGCGCUGGUACCACCAGGCCACGGCCUCCGGCACGCCCAUCAGCGGCCCACUUCUGCAGGCCAAGGCGGAGAAGAUCGCCGCGGACCUCGGGUACGAGAAUUGCUCGGUUCCCAACGCAUGGAUCGACCGCUUCAAGAAGCGACACUCGCUCGCCUACGCCCGCGAUCGCAAAGAGAUGGGCGCCGACAUUCCGGACGUGGACACGUGGCUCAACACUUCGUGGCCGCAGAUUCGCACCGGCUACUCGUCCUGGGACAUCUUCAGUGCCGUGGAGACCGGGCUGUUCUUCAGGGCGCUGCCCAAGGAAGCCGCACAGCUCAGUGGUGCCAGCUGCGAGCAAGGACAACUGGCCCAGGACAGGUUCACGAUCUACCUCUGCACCAACAUGACCGGCGAUGAACGGAGGCCGCUAGUGGUGAUCGGUGCGUCGCCGCUGCCUCACAGCGUCGUCCUGCCCGGGCUCACGUACGCCGUGAACGAGAGAUCGUGGAUGACGCGGCGGUUGUUCCUCGAAGAGCUUCGUCGUUGGGACGGCGAGCUGGAGUCCCGCAACCGAAAGGUCCUGCUUCUCGUGGACCAGACCGUCUGCCACGAGCUGAGCAAGAAGGCCAACCUCAAGAACAUCGACAUCAUUUACCCGCCGCCCAACACAAGUGGCUUCCUCAUCCCCCUAGACCACGGCGUCGUGCACUCGCUAAAGCGCAACUACCGCAGGGCGCUCGUGAUCCACACCGUGCUGCAGGAGAUACCCACGGUUCUUCAGGUCCACGAGGCCCUGCGGCUUCUCGCCGUCGCCUGGAAGGGCGUCAAGGACCAAACCAUCAGGUCUGCCUUCGGGGCUUGCGGUCUGCACAGCAUGCACCACCUCAACGACAACGCCGAAGACGGCGAUCACGACGAAACGGACGAUCCGCUCGAGCUGUGGUCCUCCCGCUACGACCUGCCCGAGGAGCUCGUCGACGGCAUUGGCGAGUUCGAAGCCAUCGACGAGUUCGUGGCCACGUCGGCGAAGCUGCAGAGUGACAAGGGCGGUGACGACGCCGGUGAGCUAUCUUCGUCCAAGGCCGACGGGGGCGCACUGUCGUCGAAGAAGGCUGAUGGGAUAGCUCCGUUCGAAGUUCUGGACGCGGUGGACCUGCUCUUGAAGUACUGCGAGAACUCACCACUCGGAAUAAGCAGGGCUGAUGCCGAAAAGGCAGCCGAAGGGCUUAACGCUCUGCGUUUCAGUGCUCAGAUGACCGCUUUCAAAAGGACGUAUGCCCUGGACUCUAAGCGACAUACCAGACGCUAAAGCAAUCCUCAUGGUUUGAAGACGAUCUGCUGUAGAUCUGCCUUCUUCGCUACAGACCUGUAACGUUGCUGAGGAAGUCCAAAGCGUGGAGUAUAACGUGUACGAGAAGUUUCGGGACGACUACAGAUGCGACCAUGUCACCGAAAAGCAUUCGCCAUCCAAGAUCGAUGGUAGUGUGCUGUUAUAAGAAGUGCUGUGGCGUAAAUCCUUGGAAAAUGUCGGGUCCUGUGUAUAUGUGAUCCAGGUGCUGCCGAAACUCGCCGCUUGUCGUUAUGGAGGCCAACGCUGUGCAGUGUACUGACUGGCUUCCCCUUCUCCGUGUCAGUUCUCGCACGAUAACCUUCAAAAGAACGUGCGCUCUGCGUGGAGUGCAGAUUGCAUUCCGUAUGGAAGCAACACCAGAUUGCAUUCCGUAUGGAAGCAACACGAAUCAGGGCUUGAACUCUUUCAAAAAGUAGUGAAGGCCAUUACUCUCUUCAGAAAGACAGUAGGCAAAGCUUACUGUUAACCUUACAGGAACAGAACGUGUCGGUGAAGGCAAACUGUCACGCUUUGUAUCCAAGACUGUACGGACGGAAAUAAAGGCGUCAUUUCUGUCCUUUCAUUUAGCGCGACAAAUUGUACACAACUGCUUAGCUUCCAAGGCAUCUGAAUGAAGUUGUAGACGCAACGCCUAGUGGUGAUGGCUGCACAGAGUUUCCCUUGAUUAAGUAUAGCCGGACAAGCUUGAGUCGCGAUUUCAAAAACUAACUUUGUGGCCCCUUUCAUACUGCUUAGCGGUAUGCUGCUGGAUUUCCCUGUCGAUUCGUCGGCGAGGUCGCAGAAACGUUGAUAGCCGGGAAAAUAUAAACUGAAAGACGCGUGUUAGAAAUACGGACACGUUCGCGGCCGCAAGACGACGCCCACGCGAUGCCACAGGAAAGUUCAAUGAGGUCGUGAAUCCCGCCCGGGACGACCUCUCAGCCCGCCCGUAAGAAAAAAAAAAAAAAAGAUGUGUAAUACAUUACGUCGAUGAACAUUCUAGCAAUCAUACAGUAGGGGUGUUUUACCGCUACAUAGAGUGCGAGCCUCUAGAGUCUGUAAAGGAGUACGUUUAUCUAGGUCAGUUACUCACAGGGGACCCUGAUCACGAGAAGGAAACUUACAGAAGAAUAAAAUUGGGUUGGAGUGCAUACGGCAGGCAUUGCCAAAUCCCGACUGGGGGCUU